ACCAAUAAGCAGAAGCCUAACAUUCUGAGCUGAAAGCUAAGUGCCCCAUAUAGUCCUGGGUGACGCUGAAGCACGUUACGUUUCCUCAGAAGAAGGCUCCUUGGUGCUUUGAAGAACAUCCUGAAGAUUAUGUAGGAGACAAUAUAUCAAGAAUCUAUUUAUUGAAUCAUCUAGAACAAAAGCCAAGAGCUCCCUAAUGGAAGCACAUUAGUGUUUAUUUUGAGGAAGAAGUAUAUAGAUUUUUUAAAACAACCAUAAAGUAGAUAGCUCACUAAAAAAUCAGUUUUGGAAGAUGUCACUGAACAACUCUUCCAAUAUAUUUCUGGAUUCGGUGCCCAGUAAUACCAAUCGCUUUCAAGUUAAUGUCAUAAAUGAGAACCAUGAGAGCAGUGCAGCUGCAAAUGAUGACACUGAUCCACCACAUUACGAAGAAACCUCUUUUGGGGAUGAAGCUCAGAAAAGACUCAGAAUCAGCUUUAGGCCUGGGAAUCAGGAGUGCUAUGACAAUUUCCUCCAAAGUGGAGAAACUGCUAAAACAGAUUCCAGUUUUCAUGCUUAUGAUUCUCACACAAAGACAUACUACCUACAAACUUUUGGCCACAACACCAUGGAUGCGGUUCCCAAGAUUGAGUACUAUCGCAACACUGGCAGCGUCAGUGGGCCCAAGGCCAGCCGACCCAGCCUGCUUGAGAUUCACGAGCAACUCGCAAAGAAUGUGGCAGUCGCCCCAAGUUCGGCUGACAGAGUUGCUAAUGGUGAUGGGAUACCUGGAGAUGAACAAGCUGAGAAUAAGGAAGAUGAUCAAGCUGGUGUCGUGAAGUUUGGAUGGGUGAAAGGUGUGCUGGUAAGAUGCAUGCUGAAUAUCUGGGGAGUCAUGCUCUUCAUUCGCCUCUCCUGGAUUGUUGGAGAAGCUGGAAUUGGUCUUGGAGUUCUCAUAAUUCUUCUUUCCACCAUGGUAACUUCUAUUACUGGGUUGUCAACUUCUGCAAUAGCAACUAACGGGUUUGUCCGUGGAGGUCUUGGAGUCAUCAUCAUUGGCCUGAGUGUGGUCGUGACGACACUCACAGGUAUUUCUAUGUCUGCUAUUUGCACGAAUGGAGUAGUAAGAGGAGGUGGGGCCUACUAUCUUAUUUCCAGAAGUUUAGGGCCCGAGUUCGGUGGGUCAAUAGGCCUGAUCUUUGCUUUUGCUAAUGCAGUCGCUGUUGCUAUGUAUGUGGUGGGAUUUGCUGAGACUGUAGUAGAUCUUCUUAAGGAGAGUGAUUCGAUGAUGGUGGAUCCAACCAAUGACAUCCGGAUUAUAGGCUCCAUCACAGUAGUGAUUCUUCUAGGAAUUUCAGUAGCUGGAAUGGAAUGGGAGGCAAAGGCCCAAGUGAUUCUUCUGGUCAUUCUUCUCAUUGCCAUUGCAAACUUCUUCAUUGGAACUGUCAUUCCAUCCAACAAUGAGAAGAAGUCCAGAGGUUUCUUUAAUUACCAAGCAUCAAUAUUUGCAGAAAACUUUGGGCCACGCUUCACAAAGGGGGAAGGCUUCUUCUCUGUCUUUGCCAUUUUUUUCCCAGCAGCUACUGGGAUUCUUGCUGGUGCCAAUAUCUCAGGAGAUUUGGAGGAUCCCCAGGAUGCCAUCCCCAGAGGAACCAUGCUGGCCAUUUUCAUCACCACUGUUGCCUACUUAGGGGUUGCAAUUUGUGUAGGGGCCUGUGUGGUCCGAGAUGCCACCGGCAACGUGAAUGACACCAUCAUUUCUGGGAUGAACUGCAAUGGUUCUGCAGCAUGUGGGUUGGGCUAUGACUUCUCAAGAUGUCGACAUGAACCAUGUCAGUAUGGGCUGAUGAAUAAUUUCCAGGUCAUGAGCAUGGUAUCAGGGUUUGGCCCCCUCAUCACUGCAGGAAUCUUUUCUGCAACGCUCUCCUCCGCCUUGGCCUCCCUUGUCAGCGCACCCAAAGUGUUCCAGGCUCUGUGCAAGGACAACAUCUACAAAGCCCUGCAGUUUUUUGCAAAGGGAUAUGGGAAAAACAAUGAACCCCUGAGAGGAUACAUUCUCACUUUUCUUAUAGCCAUGGCAUUUAUUCUUAUUGCGGAACUGAACACCAUUGCUCCCAUCAUCUCCAACUUUUUCCUGGCCUCAUACGCACUUAUUAAUUUCUCCUGCUUCCAUGCCUCUUAUGCCAAAUCUCCAGGAUGGAGACCUGCAUAUGGAAUUUACAACAUGUGGGUAUCUCUUUUUGGAGCUGUUUUGUGCUGUGCAGUCAUGUUUGUCAUCAACUGGUGGGCAGCUGUCAUCACCUAUGUCAUUGAAUUCUUCCUCUAUAUCUAUGUGACUUAUAAGAAGCCGGAGGUGAACUGGGGCUCCUCCACACAGGCACUUUCCUACGUGAGUGCUUUAGACAAUGCUCUGGAAUUAACCACAGUGGACGACCACGUGAAAAACUUCAGGCCCCAGUGCAUUGUCUUGACAGGGGGACCCAUGACAAGACCUGCUCUCCUGGACAUAACUCACGCCUUUACCAAGAACAGUGGCCUUUGCAUCUGCUGUGAAGUCUUUGUGGGACCGCGCAAGCUGUGUGUUAAGGAGAUGAACAGUGGCAUGGGGAAAAAACAGGCCUGGCUUAUAAAGAAUAAAAUCAAGGCUUUUUAUGCUGCAGUGGCAGCAGACUGUUUCAGGGAUGGCGUCCGAAGUCUCCUUCAGGCCUCAGGCUUAGGAAGAAUGAAACCAAACACUCUGGUGAUUGGAUAUAAGAAAAACUGGAGGAAAGCUCCCUUGACAGAGAUUGAGAACUACGUGGGAAUCAUACAUGAUGCAUUUGAUUUUGAGAUUGGCGUGGUUAUCGUCAGAAUCAGCCAAGGAUUUGACAUCUCUCAAGUUCUUCAGGUGCAAGAGGAAUUAGAGAGAUUAGAACAGGAGAGACUAGCAUUGGAAGCCACUAUCAAAGACAACGAGUGUGAAGAGGGAAGUGGAGGCAUCCGAGGCUUGUUUAAAAAAGCUGGCAAGUUGAACAUCACCAAGACAACGCCUAAAAACGAUGGCAGCAUCAACACAAUCCAGUCAAUGCAUGUGGGAGAGUUCAACCAGAAGCUGGUGGAAGCAAGCACUCAAUUUAAAAAGAAACAAGAAAAAGGCACAAUUGAUGUUUGGUGGUUGUUUGAUGAUGGAGGGUUAACACUUCUUAUCCCCUAUAUCUUGACUCUCAGAAAAAAAUGGAAAGACUGUAAGUUAAGAAUCUAUGUCGGAGGGAAGAUCAACCGCAUUGAGGAAGAAAAAAUUGUAAUGGCUUCCCUUCUGAGCAAAUUUAGGAUAAAAUUUGCAGACAUCCAUAUCAUUGGUGACAUCAACAUUAAGCCAAACAAAGAGAGCUGGAAAGUCUUUGAAGAGAUGAUUGAACCAUAUCGUCUCCAUGAAAGCUGCAAAGAUUUAACAACUGCUGAGAAAUUAAAAAGAGAAACUCCGUGGAAAAUUACAGAUGCAGAGCUGGAAGCAGUCAAGGAAAAGAGUUACCGCCAAGUUCGACUGAAUGAACUCUUACAGGAGCACUCAAGAGCCGCUAAUCUCAUUGUCCUGAGCCUUCCAGUGGCAAGAAAAGGAUCCAUAUCGGAUUUGCUGUAUAUGGCUUGGUUGGAAAUCCUCACAAAGAACCUCCCACCUGUCUUACUAGUUAGAGGAAAUCACAAAAAUGUCUUGACAUUUUACUCUUGAAACAUGAAAGAUUAGAAUACAUUUAACCUAAUAUAUGUACAAUUAAGAAAUAUGUUCCAGUACUUUAUGCUGUAAAUCUAAUCUAUGGAUAUGCAAACCUCUGGGGAUGAUCCUACCAGAUUCUACAUAUAUUGCAUCAUUUUUUUGUUAUUGGUUAGUGCAAGCUUUCUUUCCUCUUAUCUGCUUAAGGGGUUGCCAAAGCCAAUGCUAUCCCUAGAAAAACAUUUUUGUCGUUGCUGUUGAUAAACAAGAAAAUCAAGGAAACUCAUGUUGGCUCAUGCUCAUGAAAACCACCAAUGUAAUGAUAAACUUCUCUAGACAAACAAUCUUUUGUUUUUAGAGCGUUUGCUUCUCAGCCCUAGUAUAGGUCUCAGCCCCACAGCAGGGUCUCAAUAAAUGCUUAUUGACUAGCUGGCAUAGUAACCACGGGUGGUUAUCAAAGGCAAAGACCAUCAGGGUGGGGAACAUAAUUAUGCUUGGCCCCCUCAGAGGCUUAUACCUACAAAGCAGAUUUAAAAAUCAAUAACUGAAAACUUUAAGAAGUGCUUGAGUCUACCAAAUGUUCAAAGCAGUUACCUAAAUAAGGUUAUUUAAUGUAACAGACUAUACACUUAAAGUGAUCUGAGCAAUCAUUGAUGACAUAUGGCUUAAAUUUGCUGCUGCCGGAAAAGUAUAUUAACUAGUUAGAAGACACCAUAUACUCCAACAAAAUGAAAUAUAUUCUGUUCUCAACAUAUAAACUUUAAUUGUACUUCCUAUCAAAUAUUUUGAAAUUUCCAUCAUAGCACUACUUUGCAUAUUUUUUCUAAUUAAAUGGUUAGUACAGAUGAAAUCUUUACAGAUGACUUGAAAACCAAGUGCCACAAAUUUUCCAACCAUUAGUAGGAAAUAUAUCCUGAAUCAUAUAUUUACUUUCUGUAGUGAUUGUAUGGAUUUAAAAGAAUAAUUAAAAUGUAAAGUUGAAAAACUUGCAAAAUUUGGAAUAUAUAGGUACUGAUUUUUUUUCAUUUUUGUUAGUAUGUCUAUAAUACUUAAUCACAUUGACAAACCAAUGAAAAAAUUGUUUUUCUGAUGAACAGCUUGAUUUUUCUCCUUGACAUGUUUUGACUGUUCAUUCUAGCUGAAAAAAUAUGUGGAAAAAAAAAAAUGAACCUGAAAUAAAAACACUCAAAUUCGA